AGGAAGAACAAAGGUGGGCAUUGCCGGGCAAUCUUUGUGUUCGGCUUUGUAAAAUGGCCGCUAGUGGAUUUAAUGACUCCAUAAGCUGAUUAAGGACAUUGCGAGUCCAGAUUUUAUUAUACACGUCCGUGCCUAAUGGCGGGAUAUUGUCUGACUCCUUGUAAGAAAACAACGAGAAAUCAUUACAGCAAAAGAAAUCCAUAUUACUGAAAAAAAAUUAUCUUGGGAACCACAUCCAGUAAGUUAAUGUUAACAAGGACAAUCUGAUGCAUUCUAUGGCGCACUGGGAGAUAAGGGUCAGGCAAAUAAUGUGUCUGUGGCUAAACUAUACUUAUAUCAAUAUUGUCCUUGUUCAGAGCGAUGAACAAAAAUGAGCUUGUUAGGUGUGAAUAUUAACGGAUCAGCUGACAUCCUCCAUGUACAUAUUGUUACAUGUAUGCUCUGUUGUUAAUAAUGAUUCAAAGUAAAAUACAUAAUUCAAGCUCUAUAGUCUUAAAAUAAAUUUGUUCCUUAGCAUUUUACACCUUAUUACAAAAAUGGCCAAAGCACACGACUCAAACUUAUUCAGGAGGAAGUCAUUCUUUCCCUGUGCGUAGCAGACUUCCCUUUCAAUAUUUUUCCACUGUGGUGGAAAAACACUAAAGUAUGUUUAAGCACUGAUUUACUGCAGUAGACAGGUACAAAGAAUAUCAUGAAAUUUCAGUACUUUACCUUCCUUUUAUACCAUGACGUUGCAGCUUGCUAGCGCUAUAUCGUGUAUAAAAAAGUGUUUAUAAAUAAACAUGUAGAUGGUUUCCAAAUUUGAAAACCUUUCAGUUAAUAUACUGUAGUAAAGUUAAAUGCAAAAAACGCAUUAAGAUACCUUUCGUACGAAUUCAUAAGCCUACAGACAUGGUACAAUCUUGUCGGUAUUAUAAGAUUGUUCUAUAUGUACAUUGUAUAUACACCAUAACAAUGAGAAAUUUGGCCUUGGAGAGGGAGUCUUUUUUUACUUGUUUGAUUUUCGUAUUUCAUGCCAAUGAAGUCAUUAUUAAGCUGUUAAGAGAAGUUUGAAUCAUCUCUUUCUUCACGUCAAUUUCACCUAAAAUUAAGAAUUUUAUAGACAUCCCCCUCAGCUCCCCUAAUCCAAUUGUCGAUCCUACGGGUCCAUUCCUAAUCAAAAUGUCGAUCCUACGGUGCAUUCCUAAUCAAAAUGUCGAUCCUACGGUCCAUCCCUGAUCGAAAUGUUGAUCCUACGGUCCAUUCCUAAUCAAAAUGGUAUAACGACGUAUUUCCCCAUAAUUGAGAUCUUAGCCAUCCUGCCUUUUCAUAUAUUCUAGUAGAGAGCACUUGCCUAUAUAGGCAGGUAUGUCUGUCAAUUGUUUUCUUGAUGAUUCCUUCCGUUUCCAUCCACGCAUUACUUAAUCAAUGAAAUUGAAACCGAAAGUCAUAAUGCCUGCUUUCAAGUCAAUAAAGCGAGCGGCAUGAAUGGUAGGCCCAUGCAUCGAACGCUGGUCCAGAGUGCCACGUAAACACAUCGACAAUUAAGUCCAGUUACGAUUUACGUAGAGGAAAUAUCGCGAACAAUUUCCUUGUUUUACCGACGGCUAUUGUCUCGAUUGAGAGAAAUGGAUUCGAGUGAGUUUGCUACCGAGCCACUGUUCAGAGUUGAGUAAUACUGAGACCGAUUUUCCUAUUCAGCGACUCCGCAGCAUACCGGGGGUAAUAUUCCACCUGAUUUUUAUUAAAACUAUCAAAAUAAAAAAACUACAUGAUGUUGAUUUAGAACAAACAAAACUCGUCAAUGACAAUGUUGUUAAGGAGAUUAGAUUUGUAUCAUAUUGGACUCUCGAUAUCUUGAUUGUCAAGCAUAUAUCCGGGUUCAUGACUUUCAGGUGCACUGCGUUGAUCGCUUCUGAGAGAGGGUUGAGAGCGGUGUCUGAGCGCUGUGCCGAGUAUUCAAUAUUCAGGAGACAUUUUUGAAGACAUGACGAAACAAAGAGGGGUGAUGUUUGCACAACCUUUGCGCGGGUUGCUAUGGGGGAUGACCUUUCAACUUGCGGUUGUUCUCUCUGAGCAGGCUAAUGCUCCUGGCUACUUGGGAUGUUUCGGAGAUGAUUAUGAUCGUGCACUCCCGGCCGGUUUUGGAGAAGACUAUUACGAACAGUCGGUAGAGUGGUGCUUCAGAUACUGUCUGGAGGGUCGGUCAAGGCAGCACAAAUACGCUGGACUCGAAUACACAACUGAAUGUUACUGCGGGGAUAACGAUAACUAUGACAAACACGGGAGACAGCCGGAAUCUGACUGUCAAGACAAGUGUCCUGGGAACAGCGACCAGAUCUGCGGGGACCGUUGGAGGCUGUCCGUGUACAGAAUAUCCCAAGGCGUGUGCAGUAAUGAUAUUGGACCACCGACCAACGGAGACCACACCAUCAACAACCCACGUUCACUGGAUUACAAUCUCAACAACUUCAAGUUCUUCAGGACUCGUGUGGAUUUCUCCUGUGACGUUGGAUACACUCUUCAUGGAGCCUCGUCCAUUGAAUGCAUAGACACGGGCUACAACAACGUCACAUGGAGUGACUCGGUUCCGACCUGUCAAGUUCCAACAACAACGUCCGAGUUUACGACAAAUGUGCCCACCACCACGAUUCCGCAAAGUACUGUUGUUGAUGAGAGAGGGACUCUGACAGCGGCAGGAGCGCCCUCUUUGACGCGGUCGAGCAGCAAGACACCCGGGACGAACAACCCAAACGUUGGAGCGUUGAAAACAGAAAUGAUAAUUGGAAUAGCAGUUGGCGGUGCGGUACUUGUGGCACUGGGACUGUUAGCAAUCUUGCUCUGCGUGAAGAAAAGGAAAAAUUCAAGACAGAAGGACCCAGCUGUUGCCAUGGCAACCAUUGGAGAAAAUUUCAUCAACAAUACGUACGGACUGCCGGAGGUGGUAAGCCAAUCAAUGCCGGAGCAGUCACCUCCACCCAUCUACAGUCAGGUCAUCAAAAGAAAGACCGAUUGUGACGACCUGUACGCCACUCCCGAUGACGUCACUAGCCCUGUCAAAGAGGACUCGCCUGAAAACCAAUCACACAACGCAGGCUUUGUGUCUUUAUCACGUGACCAGGAGAGUGGGUGGGUUGAAAACUCGCUGUACGCAUGUGAAUCGUUUCCAGUCGAGCCUGAAGCGACAAUUAACGAUUCAGACGGACAAACAAGCACUGGACCGCCACAGAAUAUGGAAGAAAAAUCCAGCUGGGUAGAAAAUAUCAUUUACGAAUAGAAAACAAACCUUGUGCCAACCACCGGAUGAGCCGUUUAUCAUGCAAUGGAAGACUAAAAGACUUUGUAGAUACCCAGCCUAAUAUGUGGGAAAGGGGACCCCCCUAAUGUGAUGCACAAGUGGAAUACCCUGAGGCUAUUGUGCCUACUGCACCCCCUGGAAAUCUGAGAGGAAUUCCAA